AUGCAGUUUUCCAAGAUCAUUUUGGCUAUUGCCAUAUAUACGGCUGGAACCGAAGCACUUCCCACUCCGGUCCCGAAAUGCAAUGGCGAGGUUGCAACCAACUCCAACGGUAAACUGAACACCCGCAGCACCGAAACCUUCUAUUAUUGCAGUAAAUGUGGAUUCGGAACCAAUAAGGGCAGCGAAUAUUUCAGUCACAAAUGCUAG